AUGAUUGAUUUAGAAUCCGGAAAAAAAGGAAAUUCCGCUUUACUUACCUUAAACUUAGCUGUCAAGUCGAUAGGUAUUAUAUAUGGAGAUAUUGGUACUUCGCCCUUAAUUUUAUUCACUGGAAUCUUCACGGAUCCGCCUACUGACUCUCGAGAUGUUUAUGGUGCUUUAUCCUUGAUCGUUUGGUCAUUAACGAUCGUAGUUAUGAUAAAGUAUAUUUUUAUAGUGCUCCGAGCGGAUGAUAAUGGUGAGGGUGGCACUUUUGCUUUAUAUUCAUUAUUAUGUCGGCAUUCUGGCAUAUCUGUACGCGGAAAUGAGAAUUCUAUUGACGAUUCGACCAUUACAAAAAAUGAGGGCAGGGAUCCUCAAGAAGGUCCCAACAUUAUUAAGCGUAAUAUUGUUGUACAAAAUCUAUUAUUUGGUUUGGUUCUCUUUGGCUCUUCUUUAGUAAUGAGUGAUGGCCUUCUUACUCCUCCCAUAUCCGUAAUUUCCGCCGUUGAGGGUAUAGCCGUCCCUGCUCCAAGUUUAGCACCCGCCAUUGUUCCUCUCAGCUGCGUUAUUCUCAUUGUAUUAUUUCUAUCACAACAAUUUGGAACGGGAAAAGUUGGAAAUUUGUUUUCUCCCAUUAUUUCUUUGUGGUUUAUUGCUAUCACUUCUAUUGGCAUUUGGAACAUUUCUAUGUUUCCCGAAAUUUUUAAAGCUUACAAUCCUUAUUAUGCUGUUAAUUAUUUUGUUAGAAGACAAGAUGCUGCGUUUACUGAUCUUGGUGGAGUUUUCUUGGCUGUCACUGGCGUUGAAGCAUUGUUUGCAGACUUAGGUCAUUUUACUAGAGGGGCUAUUCAAAUUUCUUUUCCAUUUUUUGUUUAUAUUCCUUUGAUUUUAGUGCAUACAGGCCAAGCUGCACGUUUAGUCUUAGAUCCCACUUUAGUUGCCAAUACUUUUUGGUUAACUACCCCUUCUGAACCUGCCGUUGCAUCUGUGAUGGCUAUUACAACAAUUCUCAUAACAAUCGUAAUUUACAUUGUUUGGCGUCUUCCUAUUAUUAUUUCAAUUAUAUUCUUUUGUAUUUUUUUCACUAUCGAUGCUUCAUUUUUGGGUGCAACCUUACGAAAAAUCGCUUCAGGUGGUUGGUUUACAAUGAGUAUCGCUAUAUUUCUUACCAUAAUGAUGGGUAUAUGGAGAUGGGGUACUGUUCGUAUGAUACAUCACGAACGUUUACAAACUCCUGAUCUUAAUAAAAUUUUUAAAGAGAAAAACAUUGGUCCUACUGAUUAUAGUGUUAUGGAAAAUUCAUCACAUGAGAUUAUUUUGGAAAACGGUAAUGAGAUUAUUUUGGGAAAUGGUGAUGAGAAUCUUUUCAUUGAUACCGAAACUCAUCUGAUGCGCUCACCGGGUAUUGGCUUAUUCUAUAGUGAUAUUGGCACCAAGAUUCCACUUUCUUUCACACAGUUUGUAAAACACUUUCCAAUCAUGCCUCAAAAUGUCGUUUUUAUCAAUAUUAAAACUGUAGCAGAUUCAAAAGUUGGUGAUGAUAAUCGAUUAGAAGUGAAAAAAAUUAAAAAUUAUGAAGGUUGUUAUCAAGUAACUGCUAGAUAUGGUUAUUCAGAACAAGUUUCUCAAGGAAAAGAAUUUCUUUUACAAUUAAUUGAAUCAAUUAGAAACAUUGAUCCUACCAACAAAAAUUUAACUCAUGAUAUUAAUCUUGAUAGUGGUUUAGUUACAUAUAUUGUAGGACAACAAUCUCUUUGUUCUAAACCUGAUUCUCCAUGGUGGAUAAAAAUUUUAGUUGGUAUAUAUAUGUUUAUAUAUUUUAAUUCAAGAAAAUUUUAUGGUAAUUGGGGUCUUCCUGUUGAGAAUACUGUUGUUGUUGGUGUAAAUAUUCCAAUUUGA